AUGGCUCUGUAUGAGGCUUUGUACGAAAGGAACAGUCGAUCACUGAUUCACUGGCAUGAGGCCGGUGAAAGAAAGUUUCUCAGAUUGGAUGAGGCUUAUCAGGUAGCUCCACUACGAUGGGCUAUGCGGUUCGAGAAGAAAGGAAAGCUUAGCCCAAGGUUCGUUGGACCUUUCAAAAUCAUCGAAAGGAUUGGGGAAGUAGCUUAUCAUUUAGCUCUUCUGCCCGCCUUGUCUAAGGUGCAUGACGUGUUUCAUGUAUCCAUGUUGAGAAAAUACGUGCACAAUCCCUCACAUGUACUCAGCUAUGAGAAGCUAAGCAUUGAUCCUCAAUUCGUUAAUGAGGAGAAGGCGGUGAUGAUUGUAGACAGGAAGGAAAAAGUUUUGAGGAACAUGACUAUGCCAUUGGUAAAAGUGCACUGGUGUAACCACAGCAUAGAAGAGGUGACCUGGGAAAUAGAAGACAAGAUAAGGUUUUUGUAUCCUCAUUUGUUUUAA